GAACAAUACUCAAAAUAGCGGAGUAUCUGAACGCCUAAAGUCCCGAGGUUUGCGCAACAUUUGGGAAUUGCAAGGCGUGGAUGCACAUGGAUUGGAAGGAUACAAUGGAAACACCAGAUGGGAACGGCAAGGAGCAGGGUAGUGAUAUGGUGGCCGAUCAUAAUAGCUCAAACACGGAAAAAGUUACCACUGGCGUCAAGACGUUGAACUCGACCUCGCAGAAUCCAGAAACGCCGCGGGAGGGUUGUGGAAACCGAAGGCCAAGAACCAUGAUAUGGGAAUCACUUUAUGGAGUCGGUCUAUAUGGGCUGGGGAACUCGCCAAUGAAGGGCAAGCCGGCACUGUCCAGAACAGAUGAUGUUGCCCAAAACGAAGCUCCAGACAUCAACACAAGUCUGGCACAGAGCUGUUCAAUAAACGGGGAAAAGUCUUCCAGCACCAGUACCGUAUCAGUAUUAGAAGGAAAUAAGACGGCAAAUGACUCCGGGGAUACCCUAUUGGAGCCUCCAGUAACCAAGGAGGUGCUUGCUGAGUUGGAAAUCGCAAUGGUUAUCAGCAAUCCGAAAUUCCGGCAUGAUUUUAACUUCGGCUGCAAAAUCCCAUACGUUCCAAAGCGGCGGAAGCAGAAAUCAGAUGAAUUUUGGCGCACUCUCCAGCUCCAGAUAUCAGAGCUUUGGUCGGACCGUGAAGCAUUCAUAGCGAAGCAUCCUGGUAACACCUGGACAUUACCACUAUUAUUGAAGGCGAUUGGCGAAAUACUCACAGAAUUACUGCCGCAAAGAGACAGUUCUCUGAUCGAAGAGACCCUAGAUGUCGAUUUACUUAUGCAACAAUUGACAAAAGGCCAAUUGAACUUGGGGCAGCUUGCAGACUUUUUCUCGGAGACGCUGAGAAAGCAUUGUACUCCUGAGCGUGAUUGUGACGUCUUUGAGAUGGCCAAACAAUUAACGACCGGGUUCCGUAGUGGUAAUGUCGACAUUCUAGUAGAUGGUUUGGUGCAGCUCCUUACAACCAUCGAAGCAAUGAGACUGGAUGUUACCAAUCACCAAAUUAACCACCUAACUCUCAUCCAAAGCUUCGUUAGCUUCCAGCAAACAAAUUUUUUAAGGAUGAUUCCAACAGGAGAUAUCGAUAUUUAUGAGUCCUAUGCCUGGUUUGACUCAUAUCGAAUCCCAGAUGAGAUUACGGCACUCUGUCGUGAAUGGGGGAUCUGGAAAUUCUUCCGUGCAUUUGUAGAUCUGCUUCGCCAUUCCAACAGGGAGGCCCCUAUACCCGAUACACUACAGUUGGAUAAUGAGCGAAUUGCGGAUCUACGCAUGAAGUUGCUCAGUGCCGUCAACAUACACGUUUGUAUGACUUUCUUCAAUAUAAUCGAUCAAACGGUCAUCUCACCGAAAAUUUCGGCCAGCGAAGGCCGUAUCCACGCGUCUUCUCAGCUGCACUCUGACUCGAACACAAUCGAACACAACCGUAGGGUCGACCAUGUGCGUUCCACUUUACAUGCGAUUGUAGACGACUACUCGAAUCCUGACAUCGACUCAUCUCCUCCCCCAACCUCAUCGCCGCUAGACUUUGACCCAUGGAAGGUUGCUGCUCCCUCACUGGCGCUUGAGAUGCUACGAAAAGCCAAUGGGUCUCUUUCCAAUCCAUACUUCGAGAAGUCCUUCAUCGCAUCAUUAUCCAACCUUUCAAACCCAGUCUUCAAAGAAAGCGAACGUGUUAUAGUUGCGCAGUUGGGGGAGCUUGUUCAGGAAUAUGUGGACGCAUGGCAACCACUCGACAGCGUGGCUCUAUACAAAGUGGCUCCAGUAUGUCCAAGGGGAUGUAAGAUGCAUGGCAAAUCCAUAGAAUUCGAGCCUUUGGACGAAAUUGCGAGGGUCAUAGCUUAUUUGGGAUUUUGCACUGGAAUGUUUGGGGAAAGAUCGUGUACUUGGUUAAUCCCAACGAGCACCCCCACCACUCGAGUGAGAUAGACUGGGAUACCGUGGAAUUUACCAACGGAAGAUAGUCUGUCAACAAUCAGGAUGGAUAUUCAAGCAGCAUCCGUCCCCGCUUGAUGAAGUGGCGAAUACUCAUAUAUAUCAAGGAGAGGGGUGACUGCCACAAUGCUUGACGGCUGCGGAGGGCGUUCCAAAUAACACAGGUUGAGGCCUCCCCAUCGCACAACCCAGGAAGUCGCCGCGGCCAACGACACAACAGAACUAUUUGGCGUGUGGUAAUGGGAUAGAGGGUUAGGCUGAUGAAUCCUGAGAGAAGUAGUCAGUCUAACCCUAGAGUAUGCUGCUGGGCACGAUUUCAAACCAUUCUAUCCACAGCGGAGAGCCUCUCGAUGGAGUCUGGGGCUUUUAUGUCAGUUGCUUUGUCGAAUGUGCCGUCGUACAGCAAGGCCUAUAUUUUUGUAUGACUUACACAGGGGAGCACUAUUCACUGGAUUCCGCGCUUAUUGAACCGAUAACCAGGAGUUUCAUGUAUUUACGGUGUGCUGUGUAUUCUACCGACGGAUGAUGUCAGAUGGCCACAAAUGACUCUAUUUCCUUGGACAUGGAGAUCCUGCAGGUCAGAUUAAUUUGAUUUCCGAAAAGUAAGAGUCUGGCAGAACUCUUGAGCAUUAUAAUAGCUCUUUAAGGAGAACAAAGAGUCGAGGGGAAAAAUGGGCACAAUAUAUGAGA